GGCACGGCACGGCGAGAUGGUGCCGGAGCUGCAGAAAAGCACGGUCCGCAUCCAGCAGCCGGAGCGCGUCGUGGGGCUGAUCCGCGCCAUCAAGGAGCAGGGCGGCAGCAAACUGCAGGUCAUCUCUGACUUCGACAUGACGCUGAGCAGGUUUGGGUGCAAUGGCCGGCGCUGCCCAACGUCACACAAUAUCCUCGACAACAGCCACGUCGUUAGUGAGGAUGGCAAGAAGAAGUUAAAAGAUCUGCUGCACCACUACUACCCCAUCGAAAUCGAUCCCAACCGCACCCUGGAAGAGAAACGUCCCCUGAUGGUGGAGUGGUGGACCCGGGCCCACGAGCUGCUGUCACAGCAGAAGAUCCAAAAGGGAGACAUCGCCCAGAUUGUCAGGGAGUCGGAUGUGAUGCUGAGGGACGGAUUCAAUGAGUUGUUUGAUCAGCUGCAUAAGUAUAACGUGCCCAUGUUCAUCUUCUCUGCUGGUGUUGGUGACAUCCUCGAGGAGAUUAUCCGUCAGGCCAACGUCUUCUACCCCAACGUCCACGUGGUGUCCAACUACAUGGACUUCGAUGACAGUGGAGUCCUCAAGUGCUUCAAGAGCCCUCUAAUCCACACCUACAACAAGAACAACAGCGUGCUGCAGGGCACUGCGUACUUCCAGCAGCUGAGCACACGGACGAGCAUCAUCCUUCUGGGGGACUCCAUGGGUGACCUGACAAUGGCAGAUGGCGUUCCCAGUGUGGAGAACAUCCUCAAGAUUGGCUUCCUCAACGACAAGGUGGAGGAGCGGCGGGGGAAAUACCUGGAUGCCUAUGACAUCGUGCUGGAGAGCGAUGAGACGUUGGAUGUGGUCAAUGGGAUUCUGCGGUACAUCCUCAUGGAGACAUGAGCCGGGCAGCAGCGUCCCAACCCCGGCCCGUCAGCCACGUACUGGGGGAUGAGCACCCUUAGCAAAGCUGGACGGGUGUCCCGGAACCUGCCUGAAUCCAUCCCCGUGCCGGGGCGAUCCCCCUGCCCCAGCUGUUGUGUCCCAAACCUCACAGCUCUUCUGGUCAGUUUGGAGCUGAAGGGCUGAUCUGGAGGAAGCAAGGAGCCUGCCCUGCACUCUGCGUCCUCCUCAGCCUCCAGCAGCACCGGAGCCACAGCAAACAUUUGUGUUCUGGGGAGGGACAACAGCAAACAUUGUGUUCUGUGCUUCUCUCCAGCGGCUGAGCACAGAAGCAGGGACCGUUUGCUGUGGCUCGAGGGCAGACCUGGUUUGAGUUGAAGCUGUUUGGUUUUACUGCAUUCCUGUCUAAGGAAACAAGCAAUGCUGCUCCUAUCCUGUUUUCUGUGGCCCCGAGGUGUGCAGGCUGAGCCCCAGCUGUGGGGAGAGAGCAGGGUGGGGGGGUCCUGCAGCGCCGGGAGGUGGGUGCUGGGGAUGAUGGGCAGCUCUGCUGGGUUCCCAUGGGCUCUGACCUCAGCCCUCACCCUGCAGCUCACUCACCGCCCUCCGCACCAUGGGCUGCUAAAUGUCACUUCUGGGCAGUGCAGAUCUCUGCUUCUUUGAAAUAAAAUCACUGACUAAAGCUG